UUUGUCGUAUUCACAUUCAACCGAGCCGUUGCUUCAGCCCCUGUUUUUGUGCUCGUUUCGCUGAUUCGUUACGAACGAAAAGAUUUCACGGAAUAAAGUUUCAAGCGGCGAUCGAAACGUACGCGUCUGAUCGACGAAAAAUAUUUUUUUAUAAUCGAAUAUACGAUCCAGCUACGUGCUCGACCCGCUGACAUUUCGUCGAGCCACUACAAUACCGUGCAAACUCGCGAGAACAAAUGCUCGGCGUCUUAUUUAUUCAAUCUUUCAGAAAACACUUGAUCCAUCGAUCGUGCCAUUGAUCGCGCGCGAUUUCUCUCGAAUAACGUUCGAUCGCGUUUCUUCCCCGAAUACGAUGUAAAUCAAUUUUAAAUUUCAACUAUGCCGAUGUGGACAGUGGUAAUGAUACGAGGUUCGAUUAACUCACGCUACGAAAACAACGUUUCGCGACGUGCUUUAUGGACUUAACGCGAACGAAAAUGUUUUUGGAAACGCAAAUACGAUCUCUACGAUUUCUACAACCUCUGUACACCGUGAAGUUUGUGGUUUUUUUGUCAGCCGAACUCUCAGCUGUAAUAUUUACAAAGCCGAGGCUGACCAGACAUAACCUCGUCGAUACUUGUGUACCUAGUUCUGUUGGACGAAACAACGCUUCGUCCACGUAAGAUUUCGUUUUAAUGGGGACUCCUUGAACGAGAGGAUUAUUUGGUGGCUGUUUCGUCGUAGAAUUGGAAACAUUUUUUGUAAAAAUUUAGCGUGUUUGCGCGAUCGUAGUACGACGAACUCAGCAUGGCAAACGGUUUCCAAGAAACGCCUCGUGUACUGCUUCACUUAUUCAAUGAGAUGGGCGACUGUAAACAAAACGAGAGUCGGUGUAAAAACGCAUUGAGACUAACUAGCAAAAACGUGCGGAGUGCUCGACGUCUUGGACGGUUUUAUCUGGAAAAUCCUAUUUCCGAGACUUCCUACGGACGGUGCGAUCAUCUGAAAACUAUAGUUCCUGUGCGAUUAAUCCAAUCGUUUCGUGUGUGAACUCCAAUUGUGAUUCUUCUCCUACGAAAGGAACUAUCGAUUCUUGGAUCGAGCAUGACGUAUCUUUGUUCAAUUUUAACGUUAUUUUGUAUGCGAACAAUAUACACGAAACAUCGAAGUUAAUAUCUAGUGAUAAACAAUUUUAAAUAUAUAUACUUAUACCUGUGAACAUUUAUAGUGUCGCUUAAACAAAUUUUCGCCUUGGAGGCAUGUAAAAUACAUAGUUAAAUGAAACGAGAAUAUGAAGAGUGACCAACGAAGAAAACGCAUCGAUGUAUCGCUACGGAAUCGAGGUUUGGAUUAACCAUGUCCACUAAGAGGCGUCGUGGGCCUAAAUUAAAUAUAGAACGUAAAAUAAUACGUGAAGGCCAUAAUAGAUAGGAUGAGUGGAUCUCGACAGAACGAAGCACGUUGCUUCAAUGAAAACUCUCCACGGCCGCCAGUGCCUGGAGAGGAAACAGGAAACUACGUCAGCAGGUUCCGUCCACAGAGUCCAACUCUGACCCCUAGGCGCUCUUCUUUUGCAACUCCUACAGCUUCAAGUUGCGAUGCUUCAGCUCCUUUGGGAUUUGAACCGGAAGGUUGCUGUAGUACGACAACCAUGGAAAGCGGUUCACCACCUGCUUGCUUGCGGUGGGCCAGGAAUCUGCAUUCUCUGCUGCAGGAUCCAGUGGGCUUGGAAUUGUUCAGAAAAUAUCUGGAUCAAGAAGGCAGACCCCAUGCGAAUCCUCUUAACUUCUGGUUCGCCUGCGAAGGUCUCAAGGAACAAGAUGAUCCCGAAAGGAUACAUCAAUUGGUUAAACUUAUCUAUAGAAAGUUCUUCCUCAAGUCGCAGUUAGCUAUACCAGAAGAAGUACGAAAAGAGGCUAAUCGUCGGGUUAAGGAAGGGCGAGCAGAUGAGAAAGUGUUCGAUGCUGUACAGUUGGAAGUUGAACGUCUCAUUAAUGAGACUACGUAUCCAAACUUUCUUCGGUCCGAUAUGUAUCUUCAGUAUGUUCAGUCCUGUCAGAAUCCAGAUUCUGGUGGAUGCCCUAGCUCAGGAUCCAGUCGAGAAAUGUCUGUUUCUUGCGGGCCAAGUUUAUUGCCCACUGUCCACGAAGACAGUGAAUUUGUUAGUUCCGUGCAUAGCUCACAUUCAGCUAGCGAAACGCCUGGGGAAUUGAGGGGUGAGCUGAGAUUGACCAAAGAUAUGCUUAUGGCUACUCAACAAACUAGGGCGAUGGAUCUUCGACCAAAGCCAGAAGCGUAUGCUGGCGUUUACUUGCAACAUGGAGCUAGUCCAUAUCAUAUGCUCGUACCCAGACUGCACGCACACUAUUCCUCAUACAACCCAGUAUCCAGACAGGAUUCAGAACUUCAAAGCUUGAGCAGUGAUGCACGAACUGAAUCAGACAAUAUGUCUCUCACCGAUUCAUCAGUUGAUGGAAUGUCCAUGGGUAAACAACGAAGUAAGAAACAAUAUAUAAGACAGUGUAGAGCUAUCAAAGAUUCAGCUAGUUUAAAUCGCGAUCCAAUGGCGCAUCAUUCUAUCAUCCCUCGUACACAACGGGUACCACGUGAUCUUAUGCAUCCGCUGACGGCAGAACAAUUUGCUCAAAUGCUUAUCGAGAAGUUAGAGAAUGUCAGACGCGAAAGAGAAACUCAGGAAAAGCUUGAUAGGCAUUUGCAAGAAAGCGAGACGCUUAGUAAGGAUGUACCAUUGGAGGUGCCAAGCGGGGCACCGAAAGCCUUAGCUGAUGCGUUGAGAGAAAAAUUGUUAAUAGAAGAAGAUAACGAUCAAGCAAUUCUGGACCAACACGUAUCACGAGUUUGGUCAGAUUUGACACCUUCUCGAUCACCUGGACUCGCAUCCCCAAGACUGCAUUCGCCUGAAAGAAGACGUUCUACGCACAAUUAUCCACGGUCGUACAAGCGGAAAGAGAAGGACGUGUUCUCUACAUUUUCAGCAGAUAGCGGUAAUAUUCACGAUUUUCAAGAAGGCAGCGAUCUUAUCGGAGCUGGCUCCAUGAGUUCACUAGGAUCCCACUUGCCUAAAUCUAAAUCCGUGCCAUCUGAUUACGCCGAUUCCCUCCAUAAACAAGACCUGUAUCUCCAAGGUCAUGAUCAAAGAUUCCGAAGGUCAGACAUGACCAGGAGAUCAGCCACAAAGAAAUCUAUGACGGAAUUAACCGAUAGUGGUGUAAGCGUUGUAAGCGACGCACCACCGUCGACCAUUAGCAAAGAUAUUCGUCUUUUAUCGUGGCUUAAAGAAACUGACAAGAAAGAUGUCAAGCAUAGCCGUCAUGGGAAGAAGUAUGGAUCUCGCAGUGGUUCUUUGGAAAGGACGAACAGGGAAACAUGGGGUGUUCCUGCCCAACCUUUUGUUGCUGAUCCAGGAAUGCCGCCUUUACCGCAACCUCAUACAGCAACCCAAUUAGAAGAAGCAAGAAGAAGAUUAAUCGAAGAAGAUAGGGCACGUUCAAGUUGUAAACAACGCCAUUCUAAUAUUUCUAAGCAAUCAUCGUAUGAGCCUACAUUGCAGAGUCAAUCUUAUGUCCAAUCAAAUCAAUCAACGUUAAAGAAGACAAAGCAAGAUAUCGGAGAUUUUACCACCGUUGUGUUCAGUUUUUGUGACGAACAGUUUCCUUAUAGGACUAAAAUUCCCGGUCACAACGUCACUUUAAAACAAUUUAAAGAAUACCUUCCUAAGAAAGGCAGCUAUCGAUAUUUCUUUAAAACUGAGUGUGAGGACUUGGAUACAAAGGUUAUACAAGAAGAAAUAACUGAUGAUUCUGAAGUUUUACCGUUGUGGGAGGGGAAAGUUAUGGCGCAAGUCAAGGCAUUCGAGUGAUAGACUGAAACAAGGAUACUCUCAAUAAAGAACGUGCUAACUUCGAACAAGUGCCGCAACUAAUUUUAUUUAAGAGGACCAGCAUUCUAGAGAAGAAACCUAAUAAGGCGAUACUCGGUGUUAGUUUAUUAAAGUUGCUAAAGCGGUUUCUUCCGCUUCGGUUAACCGAGCAAGUGCUUUUAAUCGACGAAACAAAAAUCUGUCAAAAGAGCAAGUCCGUUAUAUGUUUAUUAAGUAAAAGAAAAGAAAAGAAACCCGUAUUUAGAUAAAUAUCAAUUUUAUUGGACAUUAAUCCUUAAUUAAUGAUAUUUUUUUACAGGAUUUACAUUUCUUUUGGUACCUUUUUUUUUUUUUUUUAAACAAAAUGUUUCUUCAUAUGUUCAGUAAUAUUCCAUGUUUAUGUUUUAUUCAAUAUGAAUUUAAUAAUGGAAAACACAGGUGGUGUCGCUGAAAUGUAUAUAAUUAUAACAAUGAUUUUUAUGAAAUGUGUCCCUUUUUAUAGCAAAAGUUUUGCUUAAAAAAAAAAAAGAAAAGAAAAUGAAAACAAAAAUGAACACGAUUGUAAUUUGAACGUUUUCAUCGAAACCGAACAAAUGACAAUUAUGCACGACUUUGUUGAAUUUUCGCAAUGGUAAAUAUUCAUUUCGAUAACAGAAAUUUCAUAGAAACAGAAUAUCAUCGCAAUUUCAUUUAGUUAUCUCCAAUCGAAUUGGACAAGCUGCAGUAACAUCGGAAACCACUGUACAUUGAUUGAAUAAUUUCUUCCUCUUAAAGACUUCCCAUAGUUUUCCAAACGACUGUACAAAGGCCCGCGUAGUUCAUCGCCUUAGUAAGGUCUGUAUAGACCCUAGAUAUACAUAGGAAAGAACAUUAUUACAAAUUAGUUUUUAAGAGGAUAUAUUACGUGCAUUAUAAAUACAUACGCUCUGUUUAAUAUACGUAAUAUAUCGCCCAUUCGAAAUACUGUGAAAAAAAAUAUUAAGAAUACAAAUCAUGUUUUGUCGUACCACCAUUAUCACCCAUUUGACAUUGUAACAUAAGCUCCUGCAUAACGUAACACAUACCGAAAAAUAGCCGCGCAAUAUGCAAAA